GAUCAGCUUCCCUUCAAAAUGGCGAUCCAGAAAAAGCAUGGAAAAGGUCGUUUGGAUAAGUGGUAUCGGCUUGCCAAAGAAAAGGGUUACAGAGCUCGUGCCGCGUUCAAGUUGAUCCAAUUGAACCAGAAGUAUGGAUUCUUGGAGAAAAGCAGAGUUUGUAUCGAUCUUUGCGCUGCACCUGGUUCAUGGUGUCAAGUCGCUGCAGAGUACAUGCCCUCGCAAAGUCUUAUCAUUGGUGUCGAUCUGUCCCCCAUCAAACCAAUUCCUCGAGCCAUUACAUUCCAGAGCGAUAUCACAACGGACAAGUGUCGCGCAACGAUUCGAUCUCACAUCAAGCACUGGAAAGCAGACGUGGUGCUUCACGAUGGUGCCCCCAACGUUGGUGCCGCGUGGGUUCAGGAUGCUUUCUCCCAGGCAGAACUAGAUUACAACCCCCUGCUGUGGGUUUUCAAGCAGCUGUUCAAUUCUGUUGAGGCAACCAAGCCUCCUUCGUCCCGCAAUGUCUCUGCCGAAAUUUUCGUCGUUUGCCGCGGAUUCAAGGCCCCCAAGCGCAUUGACCCGAAGUUCCUCGACCCGAAGCACGUUUUUGCUGAACUUACGGCCCCCACUCCCAACUACGAAGCGAAGGUUUUCAACCCGGAAAAAAAGAAGCGCAAGCGUGAAGGUUACGAAGAGGGAGAUUACACCCAGCACAAGGAGCUCCCAGUGACGGAGUUUAUCAACACUGUGGAUCCCAUCUCUAUCUUGGGUGCCUACAACAAACUUAGCUUCCAGCAACCACCCGGUGGGGAUCUUGCGUUGUCUACACUGGACCGUUUGGAGGAAACAACAGAUGAGAUCCGAACCUGCUGUGAGGAUCUCAAGGUCCUUGGCAAAAAGGAGUUCCGCAACUUGCUCAGAUGGCGUAUCAAGUGUCGUGAGAAGUUCGGGCUUGUUAUCAAAAAGAAGCCAACCCAAGAAGGCGAGGCAGAGGAAGUGGCCGAGGUGGCCCCUAUGGACGAAGAACUGCAGAUCCAGGAAGACUUGAUCCGCAUGAGAGAGCAGCAGACCGCCAAGGGCAAGAAGGAAAGGCGCAAGGAGAAUGAAAAGAAGCGCAAGGAUAUCAUCCGAAUGCAGAUGAACAUGACCACCCCCACAGACAUUGGUAUGGAGCAGCUUGGUAUGGGAGGCGAAGACUCCACAUUCACUCUGAGACGCAUUGACCGAGAGAAUAAGAGAGAUGCGGUUGUCAAUGCUCGUGAUCUUCCCGCCGAGAGCGAAAGUGAAAAUGAAGAUGAGUCCGAAACCGAAGAGAGCGACGACGAGGAGGACCGCCUCGAAAGGGAGCUCGACAACAUGUACGAGCAGUACACUGGCCGCAUGGAGGACAAAGACUCGAAAUUACGUGCUAAGAAGACACGCAAGCAAUACGAGGUUGACGAGUGGGAAGGCUUUUCUGACAGGGAGAAAGGCAGCAGUGAUGAGGAAGAGGAGGAUGAUGAUGAAACUGCCACUACAGAUCAAGUACUUCAGGCUAAGAAGCUUUCAAACAAUGCCUCCUUGUUCUUCGAUCAAGAUGUCUUCCAAGGGCUAGAGGAGGGCGAGGAGGAAGAAGAAGAGGCAAAGGAAGAGGAGGCGGAGGAAGAAGAGGAAGAAAGUGACAACAUCUUUGCGAUGGAUGAAGAUGAGGAGGAAGAGGAGGAGACUCCUGCCCCCAAGAAAAAGAACAAUAAGGACGCAAAGAAGAACGAAAAGAAGAACGAAAAGAAGAACUCCGACUGGGUCGACGAGUCCGAUGAGAGCGAGGCAGAGGCAGAAGGAAAAGAUCCACUAAAAGCGAAUGGCCAGCUGGACAUCGACAUCAUUACCGCAGAAGCCAUGGCCCUUGCGCAGUCGAUGGCUACUGGAGAAAAGAAGUCGACCGACAUUGUUGACGACGGCUUCAACCGAUUUGCCUUCCGCGACGUGGAUGGCCUUCCCGAAUGGUUCCUUGACGAUGAGGGCAAGCACAGCAAGCCUGUCCGGCCCGUCACCAAGGCUGCCGCGGCUGCUAUCAGAGAAAAGAUGCGUGCCAUCAAUGCACGCCCGAUCAAGAAGGUGAUGGAGGCCCAGGGACGCAAGAAGUACAAGGCGGCUCAAAGAUUGGAGAAACUGCGCAAGAAAUCAGCGCUUCUGGCAGAGGACGAUGCUCUCAGCGAGCGGGACAAGGCCGGUGCUAUUGCGAGAUUGAUGAGCAGGGCAACCAAGAAGAAGCCCAAGCAGGAAGUCAAGCUUGUGGUUGCCAAGGGACCCAACCGUGGUAUCUCUGGCCGUCCUAAGGGUGUCAAGGGCAAGUACAAGAUUGUCGAUGCUCGUAUGAAGAAGGAUCCAAAGAAGGCGCAAAUUCGCAAGGUUGUGCAGACUCGACCUGCAGCUCCUACACGAUCGGUCACACAAACCUCGGAGACUCGGUCACCUCGAGUCCAGUCCUCGACGGAGCGGAACCGGAAGGCGCAGACCUUGAAAUCUCGAUCGGUCUCCAGUGACCUGGAAGCACGCUCGGCAAAACGACUGAGUACUCCGUCGCGCAUUCGAAAAAGGCCGACACCCGAACAACGACUCUCGAGCGAUGAUGACGCGAGCGAUAGUGAGGCCUCCUUUGAAGUGCACAAACGCGCGAGGACCAGCGCCAGCGCUGAACCGGACCCGGAGCGGCGUCUCCGCUCGGUGAAGGCGUUUUCGGAAGAAGGAUCUCGCCCGUUUAAAAUGAUACAUGCCGCGGAUAUAACGUCGGGCCCGAAGGCCGGCAAGUUCAAGCCCGCCUUCGGUGCCGAGGGCAAGCCCAAAGAGAUUCUCCUGCAAUAUCCCAGUGCCUCGCAGCAGGAGAGGUAUGACUCUGUGGUUCCACGCGAAAAUGACGAAUUCCGACCUAUCGACGACAUUGUUCAGGUAAUCGAAACAGUCUCCGAUAAUUACAUCCCUAGUGAGGAGGUGGAUCAAUUCAACAACGAGACGACCGGGAUCAAGCGCCGAUUACGCCGGGCCCUGGCUGUGACAUCCGAGACUCAAUUUCGGGAAGCCGUCGACGAUUACAAUAAGGCUAUCCAGCGGUUAAGCAGCAACGGAAGUCUUGGGAAGCAUUUGGAUGCGACACAGCGUAUUGGUUUACCUUGGGUGGAAAGGAUUCUCACUCAAAUUUACUCGCGCACGGUAUCCCCUCAAGUGGAGUCCCUCCGGCAAUACGAGAAUGGCACGGACAACGUCUACGGAGAACUUCUCCCUCGCUUUAUCAGCACAAUCUUCAAAGAAACCAAGCUCAAAUCGGGACAGGUCUUUGUCGAUCUUGGCUCGGGCGUAGGUAAUGUCGUUCUUCAGGCGGCACUCGAGGUUGGCUGUGAGAGUUGGGGUUGCGAGAUGAUGUCAAACGCAUGUGAUUUGGCAGAUUUGCAGCAAUCCGAGUUCAAGGCCCGAUGCCGGCUGUGGGGGAUUGCACCAGGCAAAACUCAUCUUGUCCGAGGCGACUUUCUUGAGCAGGAGAGUAUUACCAAUGUCUUGAAACGGGCUGAUGUGGUGCUCAUCAACAACCAGGCUUUCACCCCGCAACUGAACAAUGAGCUGAUCAACCACUUUUUGGAUAUGAAAGAAGGCUGCAAAAUUGUCUCACUCAAGUCUUUUGUUCCAGCUGGUCACAAAAUCCAAUCUCGCAACCUGAACUCUCCGAUCAAUCUCCUCAAGGUCCAGCAGAAGAAUUACUGGUCGAACAACGUGAGCUGGACCGACGUUGGCGGUACAUAUUUCAUUGCCACUAAAGACAGCUCUCGGCUGAGAGCCUUCAUUGAUAAUAUGUCAUAG